UCAUUCUAACCAGUCUACAAGGGGUCUGUAACUCCAAUCAAUCAGGAACUCAGACUAUUUUAUGAGUCUAUUAUGUCUAUUAUAUUGUUGUUUUGUCAUGUCGGUUGUCAAUAAAGUUUUUUUUUUUUUUAUCGGAGUAAGUUCCGCCCCCCAUUAUUUUCAAAUUUCGCGCCAAACAGCUUGACCAACUAGAGACUGGCCAUGCGGUCGCAGAGCGCGUUCACUGGGUCACGUGGUUCACAGUCUGGUCCAAUCACAGAGCGAGGAACUGACCGUGCCUCAUUCAAACACAGUCUGAACGUGUCUUCUUCACGGCCGUCCUGCUCCUUCUGGACGGAACCAUGGGGUUCCCCGGCUCGGUUCUGGUCGGCGUUCUGGUCGGUUUCUACGUUUCUGGGUCUUCAGAUGCAGAUCUGAAGAUUACUGCUGAACCUGGGGAUGAUGUCACUCUGACAUGUAAAGCUCCAGAAAACAUGAAGAUGAAAUCUUUGGAGUGGACCAGAGUCGACCUGGAGGAGGGAGAAUAUGUGUUUGUAUACAGGAAUCGUGGUAUUAAUCUAGACGAUCAGCAUGAAUCUUUCAGGAACCGAGUGUUUCUGAAUAACAGUCAGAUGAAGGAUGGAGAUCUGUCUGUGGUUCUGAAGAACGUGACCGUUAAUGACACUGGAACAUAUACGUGUUCAGUCAUGCGAGAAAAUGAUCCAGAUAGAGAAAUGAUUCUGAUUGGCAGUGUUCAUCUGUCGGUGAUUCCUCCAGGGGACAAAGAUGGAGUCAGUCAUGGAAAUCUUGGUCUGAUCCCUCUCUCAGGUCUCCUUCUUCUUACUAUUUUUUUGCUCCUGGUCUCGUGAUCUACAGGAAGAAACAAAGUUCUAACCAACGUUCCGACAACCAGCGGGAUGUUGAACUUGGUCUUCUUAACUCAGAUUCUAAAGCAGACAGGAGCAUGACAGAUCCUCUAGUCUGAAGGUCUUCAGUUCCUGAACUGGAUCUUCUCUGCAGUUCAAACUCCAAAGCAUUUCAUACUCAAAGUUCAGAGUCCCAACCUCUGAAGAAGCAGAUGUCUCUCCAUGAGAACCUCCAGAAACACCAGGAAGAACUCUGACAGAUGUUCAAAGAAGAUGAAGAGAGGAAGAUGAAGAUGACCUGUUUGUCUGUGCCGUUUCUGAACAGUGACCAAAAUCGUUGGUGGUUGACUGCUUGACAGUUCAUAUCCAAAACAGCUUUCUAUUUUUGCAAGAUGUAUUGGCAAGACGACCUCCUGGCUGGGGAGGCUUGGGGCCUAACCGACAACCUGCAAUGGACUUUGAUGGUUUGGCAUCUCGACAGCUUUAUGCAACUCUCGUCAUAGUUUUAACUCCACCUAGAACACCUAGUGCCCCUGGUGUAGUCCCCCUACAGCUCAUUUUAGUACACGCGUUUCUUACCCCACAACAAUGUAGACCCAAAACACAUUCCAUAUGGAAGUUGGACCUCCCUAAUCCCUGGUGGGGGGAACUGGGCCUGGGCUCGGCCACCCUGAGUUCUCUGGCAAGACCAUGAGCAGGGGAUCACAUCACAUCUGAGCCUAGGGGUGUCCAUGACCCCUGUGGUGCUGGUUCUGGCCCUUUCCCUCAAGCACUGGGCCUCUCCAAAACUCCAACUGUGGGUGAGCUUGGUUGGGCCUUGUUCACCACGCUUGUCGGUGUUCCCUAGUUCUCCUGGGCAUCCUCCUCUUGAAGGGACAGCUGUGCUGU